AUAUUCCAGAUGUAAGGUUUCCACAUCCUCAGUGGGGUCCAGGAAUGAUGUAUGGAAGACCAUAUUAUCAUUGGGUUCCAUAUAUGGGAGAUGGAAGAGGUUAUAAUUUUUAUAAUCCUCAUCAACAUAUGGUAUAUGGAAGACCCUAUUAUUGGGUACCUCCACCAGCGUUAGAAUAUACAAAAGGAUGUAAUCCAAUGGAACAGAGAAAAGAAGAAGAGAGGGCAAAUGUGGGAGGAAGAGGUAGUAGAUAUCCAGAAGAGGAAAGAUAUAAUUAUAAUAAUAAGAGAAGUAAUAGUGUACCUGAAGGACGAAAUUAUGAAGAGAAUGCAUAUGAAAGAGGAGGAGGGAAUAAUAAAUGGGAUUUUCGAAAUAUAUAUGAUAGAUUAAGAGAUGAAGAUGAAAAUGAUUAUGACCAACCUACUACUACUACUACUACUACUACUACUACAUCUUCGUCAAAUAGAGGAAGAGGUAAUGAAAGAUAUACUCAAUCAAGAGAUAGAAGAGAAGAAAGGAAUAAUUAUAAUAGUGAUUAUUAUACUAGAGGAAAUGAGAGAACAUAUAAUAAUUCAAAUGUUACAAGUAGUGCAAAUAGAGAAUUAAUGCCUUACAAAAAGGAGAUAUUACCUUUUGGUGUUAGUAAUUCUGAAUUGGAGGAUAAAUUAACAGAAGAAGAAUUAAAUGAAAGAAUAAGAAGAUUAGAUUUUACAGUAUCUGUUAAAGAUAUGUUUAUAUUAUGGAAUCAUAUACUUGCACAUGAAAGAAAAAAAUAUACAAAAAUGCAAGAAUAUUUAAUGUAUUAUAGUCAAUAUUUAGAAAAAACAUAUCUUGUUCCUACAGCUUUUAGAAAAAAAUAUUGGUGGAGGGUUCAUUAUAUAUUGACCGAAGAAGUAGUUAAAAGAGAAAGGACAGAUAAUCUAGAUUUCCAUCAAUUCUUACGUAAAGGUUCUUGUGAAAAACGUGAAUUUUUAUAUUUUAUUAAUUCUAAAAGAAAAGCAUGGGCUGAUCUUACGGAAACAAUGAAAAAUAUAUGGAUGGAAAGAUUAACUUAUAAAAUGAGAAAAUAUAGUGGAGCGUAA